ACUGCCACAAGUUUCAAAAUGUACUUAGAAAACUGGAAUAUUCAGACAGCUACUUGGCUAAAAUGUGUGUGCUAUGAGCGGGUUCCCUGGUACCCCACGGUGCUAACCUUCAUCCUGUCUGCUUUGUGGCAUGGAGUCUACCCAGGAUACUAUUUUACCUUCUUAACUGGAAUCUUUGUCACAUUAGCAGCUAGAGCGGUAAGGAGCAACUACAGACAUUACUUCCUUUCUUCAAAAGCACUCAAAGUUGUUUAUGAUGCAGUCACCUGGGUUGUCACUCAGCUGGCUGUCUCUUACACAGUGGCUCCCUUUGUUAUGUUGGCAGUGGAACCAACCAUCAGCUUGUACAAGUCCAUGUACUUUUAUUUACACAUCAUAAGCUUCCUGAUAAUACUGUUUCUACCAAGCAAACCACAAGCUCAUACUCAAAGGCAGCCUCAUGCUCUGAACUCUGUUAAUAAGAAGAAAACAGAUUGAUACCUCCAGCUGAACAAGGAAAACUGCAAAACGUGCGAAAGAUGAGAUGACCAGGCUCAAGGGUUCCCUAGGGACUUAGAGGCGAUGUUUACAUGCAUCUUUCUUUUUUUCCCCUCUCUUUUCAAGUGCAGGGAGUAUUUUUAUAAAAUCCUUUUCUACAGAUACAUCAGCCAUGUCCAGUUUAUUUGUUUUAAUAUUUUCUGGGACAUUUGGGUGGUGUGGAGGUGUGUGGAGAAUGUGCCAGAGCUGCACAGACCAUUCUGGGCUGCUGGCUCUUUAUCUUUUCUGAUGUGAUUUCCAGCCACAGCUAUAUGGAUACUGGGAACAGAGGAUGCUGGGAACACAGGCACUGGCUCCAGAAGUUAGACGGUGAUUGCUGAGAAGAUUUGGCAUAGGCUUCUUAGGUCAGAACAUACCCAGAUAUGGUUGUUUCUUGGGACACUCCAAACCUUUUGACUCAUGACAUUAUUAGUUUUGCAGAUAUGGUAACUAUACCCAGAAGACCAUGGAGGAGAAGAAUCUUGGAGGAAGGGCCAGGAGGCCUAACCGUGAACACUUGAAUGGACUGAAAGUCAGGCAUGCCCUCAAAUAGGCUGCAUCCCCCCCCCCCAGGAAUGUAACCCUUCCCUUUUUUCUUCUAAACUGAGCCAAGAUUGAAAAUCAGAAAGUCUCCUGCACAUGUAUAUCAGGAGCCUAGGAGAGGCUGCUGUUUUCCGAAUGUUUUCCAUUUCACACAUGCCAUAUGCUUGCCCAGAGAUGACCCUGAGAAGACACCUGAAUGUUCAGACCACUGGAAGUGGGAGAAAGGCUUUUAAAGAAGUAAUUUUUAAAAAGGACAUAAUUUAUAGUUGUAUCAAAUUUUGGUGAGAAGAAGCAGUUGUUUCUCUCUUUUCUCCCAUUAUUUCAUGGAGGUGUUAAUGAUCAUGGCCAUAAUAUACACGGGCUGAUUUUCAUUUUUCCAGUUUAAUAGCUGAUGAAAUUCAGCUUUGUUUUAGUUGAAUUAUCAUGUUAGAAAGCAGAAAUUGAGAGAGCGUUUUCUAAAAAAAAAAGAAAGAAAGUUUUCUAUCUUUGCUAUGAAUGUGCUAUGGCUCCUUUUGUGGACUCCUACUGGGUAAUAUUCUAUGUGGGAAUAGGAAACACGUUAAGUGUUGCAGGAAAUAAUAAUAAUGAUAAUAAUAAAAUAUAUGCUGCAGUGUGUGCCCUCAAUCAAAUGACUUGAGAGAAGAGAAUUUAUUCAAAUCAAAUGGUAAAAAAUUAGUUUCCUACUGAAUAAAUAGUAUGUUUCUGUAUAAAGGAAA